ACGCCAUUCGAACUCGGGAGUCGAAAUUCGGAUUCAGUUUCGGUGUAACUGUGCAACUGGAGGUCUGGGCAACGCUUCCAGACAGUUUCGCUUACGCGCGCGUUCUUAGGGGACAACAGGCUCGAUUUCCAGCUUUGCGGCAGGGCGUUGCAUUUUGUCGGGAAAAACAUUCAAUAUUCACGGUAAUUUUGAUCCAGAAACCCCGACUAAUUCGUAUCCAGCUCAGCUGAAUUUGCUUUGGUAAUGUACUAAUGCUAAUGCUCAAAGGCAUUAUAAUCUAAAAAUUUCAUCUUUGAUCGAGUUACUAGUUAGAGAAUGUCGGACAGUGAAGAAGAUUGCAGCGAUAACAUUAGUGGAGUUGCUGAUUGGCCUGUCACCGAAGAAUGGCUUCAGGCGGUCUUAAAAGAGCACCACAAAGACCUGACAGAAUCGACAGCAAUAACUAUACUAGAAUUUACUGUGCGACCUGGAUGUGAAACAGGAGAGAGCGUUUUGUCCGAUAUACUGGCCGUCACCGUUACCUAUUGCUUAAGAAGACAUCUAGAAGGAACCCAUCAUAGUCUAAACUUCAUUGUAAAGCUACUACCUCAAGAUCCUUUCAGUAGAUUCUUUGUAACUGAGGCUCAAUUCGAUUUACGAGAAAUCAAGUUUUACACACAGGUGGUUCCCGAUAUACAAGCGUUUAAAUCCGAAACUUGUCUGGAGGAUACCGAAAACGACUUAGCUCUCCCCAUCCCCACAUGCUAUUACGCACAUUAUAGUCCCGGCGAAUCAGAACCCGAAAUCAUUCCUCCAUCAUCCGCCCUCGUUUUAGAAAAUAUAAAGCCACAAGGAUUUCAGUCCGUAAAUUUCGCUAUCGGGCUCGAUUUGAAUCAAGCUAGAGCAGCGAUAGAAGCCAUUGCAAAAGUGCAUUCUUUCUCUUUAUGUCUAAAGAUUUCCCAAGGUCAAAUUCUAUCAGAAAAGUAUCCUUUCCUAUUCCAAACCUCUCAAGCGUCCGAUUCAUAUCAGCAACUUGUUGAGAGGGGCCUGCCGCAAUUGUUUGAGUUUUUGGAAAGCAAGACUGAACUGCAACAUAUACUUAAAAAGCUCAACGAGCUUCGUCCACACACAAAGGAAAUAAUAGAAAAUUUACUCAGUGCCGAAGAACCGAUGGCUCUAAUAACUCACACAGAUUUCUGGUGCAACAACCUCAUGUUCAGGGAAGUGCAAGGAGUGUGUGAAUGUACAAUUCUCGACUGGCAGAUGGUAACCUACAGUAGACCAACCAACGAUAUAGCCUUACUACUGGUCAGCUCAGUACCAGCGGAAUUAAGACGAGAACACACUGACCAGCUGCUGGACCUCUACUGGGAAAAACUGACCAAGAUAAGUAAGAAACUCAAAGUGGAUAUCGAAGAUACUUUGCACUAUACCCGAGCGAAACUGGGGGAAGAUUUUAAGAAAGGACAAUUGUUAGCUUUGCUGUUAUGCAUAGGUAUGAUCAAUUGAUUGAUUAAGUGAUUUUCAAGGUUCAGUCGACUUAGCACUAGGAAAUGCUCAAAUGGAACAACGUCUGGUUGAACUUCUAAAAGAUCUGCACACAGAAAAUCUUUUAAACCCAGUGGUCGCCAAACAGAAGUAAAAUUGGACACAGUCAUGUACCUCGAUGGUGAUAAAACGCUGUGUACAUUAAAUUCAAGUUAAAAAAGAUGGAAGUGUGCGAAACUUGAAUAAACCGGCAUUCAGUCGGCUAACUACUCUUAGAUGCUCUUUAUGUUUUAUUUUUAUAUAGUUACGGGCUUUGAGAAAUACAUUUUAGUCGUGUUAAUGAAAUUAAUAUUUGGUAAUUAAAAAUAAGACCAACCAUUGUCAACAAGUCUUGAACCUUAAAUUUAAGAUCACUUCCAUUAAAUCGUAUAACUUUUAGACGUUUCAUACUAGUCAUUGAGCUACUUUACGGAAUAUGCAAUGCUCCAAACAAUUAUCUUAAGUGUUUGCUGCCUUCGAGAAAAUAAGUUCGCCAAAUCAUUGAAAAAAUAACCUAUGUACUUUAACUCCUUUAAAUUCUCCUCGCACCAGUUAAUCCUUAAGCAGCAAACAAUUUAGUGCUACGUCGUUUAAAUGCGAUAUUUUGGUAUAAUUAUAUUCCUGUUUCAGUAUUUGUUAAAUUCCGAAAAAACCGGAGGCAAUUGUAGCUUGUCCUAUAUUUUUAGCCUUUGCAUUGUAAUAUACCAUCCUGUUGUGCCAAAGAAUAUCUAGAUGUAGGUGUAGUAGCAACAUUGUUCAUGACAUUUUUAUCAAUUGAGUCGAAUAAUGAAUAAACUUUGUCUGUGUCAAAAUAAAUAUCUUGAAAUAA